GUUACAUUGCAUGAAAACUUUCAAACUGCCUCUGGGGUUUGUUAACUUUUUGAAAUCGUCCAUUUAUCUAUGCCUAACAACCCUGGAUCACCAGUGACCUGAAGGAAUUGCUAAACAAGGGAGACACUGAAAUAUUGAGUACUAUAUGAAAACAGCUUCAAUACAAAAUUAGAGGAGAAGGAUCCAUUGCUAUAGAAGACAUCCUGCCUGGUUUUGGGACCAAAGAAAACUCAUCCGUCUGUCAUUAACAACAAUAGACCUUUUGCCCUAUAACAUCCCAGAUCCUCGAGAGACUCCUGUUGGCCCACCUGAGUCAGUAAAUACGCACCUUUCAGGACCUCCUGCUGUUUUCUUAGCACCCUGGAGUUGGACAUGUCACCAUAGAUUCACAUCAAGAAACCCACCAACAUCUGGACAAAGCAGGCAACCCCAUGAGGAUCUUGUUCUUUGAGUUCUCCUCUGCAUUCAACAAAAAUUCAGCUUGAUUUAUUAAGUCAGAGACUCCCGAAGACACAGGUGGAGGCCUGAACAAUCAAUAUCCUGCUGACAAAAUGACCAAAAUCUGCGAGACUGAAGGGUUGUGUGGCUAAACUGGCUUUCACCACAGGGGGGCUGUACUCUUUACUAUUACUGUUCACUCUGUACACCUCAGACUUUCAGUAUAAGACAAGAACCCUGUCAUCAACAGAAAUUACUCAGAAGACUCUUCAGUCAUCAGAUGUGUCAGAAAUAAACAAACAAGCAAAAAAAAAAAAACUCCCUACAGAGAUGAUGGAAACGAUCACCUUGACGUCAAUAGAAACAAAAUGAAGGAAAUGAUUGUAGAUUUCAGGAGAAAACAACAAAAGUGCUAGUUCUUCUCGGUGCUCACCUAACAGACUUGGGCUGAUGAUGCAACAGUGAAGCCAACAAGAAAGGGACAGAGAAGAACGUACUUCUACAUAUUUGUAUGUUUGUGCGAGUGUAAAAGUCUUCAUGUUUGGAUAGAUAUGGAGCGAAUGCACGAUGACGCAACUUAUCACUCAGAAGCACAGCUGAAAACAUCCUGUUCACAGAUGGAUAGUCAGCAUUGCUUCCUCUGGAAUAUUCAAAUAAUUAACACAAUGGUUUUUGAAGAAGUGAAGCAAUUGAUGCGAAUUUUGAAGAAUCGUGCGCAAAUUUAUGGGAAGAUAAGUGAAAUCGCUUUAAAAACCAAAAAGGCCCGAUAAUGUCUGAUAUCCCUCAACAUUUUUCUUUCCAAUUUCUGACAGUCACUGGAUGAAAAGACAGAUUCUUGUUAAGAUAUCUCUUUUGACAGAAGCUAUAUUGUGUGUGUUAGUGUGUGUUUCCUCUUGCACAGGCCUUGAGGUUAGAAGGUGGAGCUACAUUGGGUUCUUCUUGGUUUCACUUACGGUUACCCAAACCUUUGCCAUAUCAGUCUGAAUCGUCGGCAUGUAGCCUGUGUUGUCAUGGUUUGCAUCAUUGUCUAUCUUCAGCAUCGGUUUUAGUGUCGGUGGCAUUGAAAAUGACUGGGAUCCGGUACCUCGCUUGUCUGUGGACUGUGGUAAUCACUCUUGCUGGUUUUGUUUUUUGCGGCGAUGUUUCGUUCGUGGAGCGGCUGGAGGGAGAGUCGGCGGUCGUCCGCUGCGACAUGAAGCCGAUGGGUCAGCCGCCCUACGGCCUCUACCUGAGGCGCAGCUGGCUCCGUCCCGUAGACGUCUUCUUCAAGUACACCAAGAGCGACGCCUCCGUCAACGAGUCCUUCAAAGGCCGAGUGAGCGUCAGCGGAGACCCGAGCGAUUUCUCCGUCAAUGUGACCAUCUCCCAGCUCGGGGCCGCCGACACAGACCGCUACACCUGCGAGUUCAUGGUGGAGAGAAUUGGCGCAGAGGAUGAAAAGAUCCAGGGCAACACCGAAGUCUUCCUCCAAGUCAGCCCUCAUGCUCCGAGCUCCGUGGACCUGGACCUGAUCCAGACCUGCACCGGAGGUUCCGCUGUGCUUCCCUGUUUCACCCCAAAUAGCGAAGGCUCGGCUGUGGAAGGCGUGGUUCUGAACAGGCAAAGGGGCCGAGCCCCCGUGGAGGUGGCCUACCACUCCCAACGGCGCCACACCUCCCUGCUCCCCGCUGAGGGAGUCCGGCUGUCGUCUGCGCCCGGUCCGGGCGGCAUCACCUUCAACGUGACGCUGCUGGGGCUCCAGCCCGAGGACAGCGCCCUCUACAGCUGCCAGCUGCUGCUGCGCGGCCGGCCCGACAGCAGCACCAGUCUUAGGGGUCAAGUGUUCUUUAUUUCCGUGCAAGGCGAUAGGUGCGGCUGCUCCAGCUACCCCGCGCUGCUCUUCGCCUUGUCAGGAGCCGUGGGCGUCCUCUUCCUCCUCCUGCUCCUCGUUGGAUGUGUGGCGGUGUGUAAAGGUAAAACCCGCCAGGGUGCCAAGUCACACUCUCAGGCGCCCAUCUACGAGGAGAUGAUCGGGGUGCAGACUCCCAGCCGAAAACUGCCCGCUCACCGUCUGCAGGAAGUCGAAUCCUCCGAGUACAAAAACUGCCCGUUGAAGAGGGCCAGCCCUGGGAACCAUUAUGAGAGCCCGAGUGGGGCUCUCUUUCCCAGGAGGGAUUCUGAGAAAUGACAUGUCAGAUCAGAAUAGGAUGACCCAAAACUUUAUGAAAUUUGCAGAACUCUUUCACAUCUGUCUAUAGACUAUCAGAAGAUUCUUUUUUUUUUGUGGCCUUUCAAACAAGAAAAAAAAAAAAAAAGCACAUUCCCCUCGCAGACUUCUUCUGAUUUUGCCGCAUUUGAAUGUUUCAGAGCAUCAAAUAAAUAAGAGAAGUUGAGUAACUACAAAAUGCAAAUGAAUUGGCCCGUUUUUCUUAAAUGUUGAAUUCGGUCUUAUUGACCACAUAUUUUGGAAAGUUUCACAUGCCGCUGACCUCAUUACGGCUACACAUUUAGAAUCAAGAAAUCAUCUAAAGAGCACCUGUCCAACAACAGGAAGGAGGCCUAAUGAUCUCAAAAAGCAAACGCAACAGUCGCGAAGAAAUGUUCAAAACAGACGAGGAGCAAAGUGAAAAGGUCACAAAGUCGUUUCUAAGGCGUUGGAGAAAUGUCCACAAAUGAGUGAAACAACAGCAGCCAGCCUACAUAAAUGACUCCAGGGCGUCAUGGCAACUGACCCAGGAGGUGAAAAAGAGCGUAGAACAACAUCUCGGUAAAUCUGGUAAAAUAUUCUGUGGAGACGACGUAGAACGUUUUUCUUGUAACAUUUGGAAUAAAACUAAUGCACUAUUUCAGGAAAUAAACCCAAAAAACGUCACUCACUCACUCAGGGUGCUGUGGUGGCGCGGUGGUGAAGCACAACCCACAUAUGGAGACCUUGGUCCUCAACGCAGACGUCAGGUUCGAGUCGCUACCCACCUUCCUGUCUAACCACUGCUAAAUAAAGGCUGUUUUUAAAAAACAAACAAAAAAAACAUCACACCCUCCAACAAGCAUGGUGUGAGUCUGGAGAUGAUUUCUUCUUUAGGAGCUGGAUGACCCAGUGCAGUUGAUGCAAAAAUAAAUUCAGCUUCUGAUCUUAUCACAGAACAGCAACUCCUUUAGCUGAUCCUGUUUGGGUCAAGCAGCAAGAGGCCAGUCCUGCACUGAAUGUCUAAAAAUACCCCAAAACUUGAAAGGUUUUGGACUGGCCUAGUCAAAGUCUACUCUUGAAUCUAAUUGGGAUGACAGGGAAUGAGCCACAACAGGAUGUUUCUGUGGCCGAAUUAUAAUGUCGCUCCUAAGAACAGCUGGCAGAGAGAUGUAAAGAGACUCGUCUGUUAUUGUAAAUAUUUCAUGGUUGCAAGUCAAGUUUUAUAUUUAACUACUUUUUCCCACUUAAUAUUGAAUGAAAUUACUGUUGGACAAUUUUAUAUAUAUAUAUAUAU